GGGCGGAGGGGGUCAGGCCACGGUUUCUCAAAAGGGUUCGGGGAUCGACGGUGACCUGGCAAGGGGCGGCUCGUUCAUUCCAGGGUCCCCCUUCGCCCCGCGCGGCCCCCGUGCUGCUGCGUGGACUGGAGUAGGUUCCCUCUCUAAAGUCCCGGCCCUGCGAGGUCGUUCACCCUACCUGUCGUACGUGUGACAGACAUCCACUCUGCGCCCGAUUCUGUGCUGGGCGGUAAAUUGGGCACUUACUCCCCUGGGGUUUACAGCCUAAACGUACGGUUGCGAAUUGUAAACGCUGGGAGGGAAACGAACCGGCUUGCCGAGAUAGAGAAUAGGGGAGUCUGAAGACGUGAUCUCUGAGCCGAGACCUAAAGCCUAACAGGAGGAAACCCUGAGCUCUGAAAGCUGAGGGAAGACAGCUCUGCAGUAAGUCUGUUGAAGGCUUAUAAUCAAGGGAAAAGCACGAUAGACCUGGGUGCUCUUUCGAAAAUAUGUUGUAUACAAAGUGGAAGGCUAGUAAGGAAGUGGUUUGGUUUUGAUAAGGAUGGUGGUUUGGAUUCGAGUGCUGGUAGUGGAGUUAGGAAUUGGACGGUUAGUUGUUAGGUGCCAUCGAGUCAGUUCCAACUCAUAGCGACCCUACAUACAACAGAAGGAAACACCGCCUAGCCCUGCAGCAUCCUCACAAUUGUUAGGCUUGAGCCCAUGGUUGGAGCCACCGUGUCAGUCCAUCUCUUGGAGGUUCUUCCUCUUUUUCUGCUGACCCUUAGAAGUAUUUUUAGAAGGCAUCAAGAGGACUUCCUGAUGGAUUGAAUGUAGGAGACCAGUGAUUCAAAAAUGUGAAGGACAAUUUUUAAGUCCCUUCCUUGAGCAGCGGAGUGAGUGAUGUGCCAUUGACUGAGAUGGGGAAGAAUAGGGUGGGGUGAAUUGGUGAAGCUGUUUGGGGUGCUUUACAGUAGAGAUACAAAGAAUUGUGUGUCAGGUCUUUUAAAUGUAGGGUGCCUGUUAGACACACAGAGGUGUCAGGUAGGCAGUUCGACAUGCAGGCCUGGAGCCCAAGGAGAAGUUCAUAAUAGAGAAAUAAAUUGGGAGUCUUCAGCAUAGAGAUCCACGAGGUCAGAUGAGAUCAUCUAGGAAGAAGUGUGGAGAGAAGAAAGGUCAUGAGGACAAAGACUUGAGAGUUGACGUGAUGGAAGUCAAGGGGAAAAAAAAAUUCACUGGAAAGGGCACAAAGGCAUCACAAGGGAAAAACAGAUUUCAUAAAAGCACUGAUUCUGGUUCUUCAAAGACGUUCCCAGGAAAAGCUGUUAAGGAAGGUGGACCUAAAGGCCCAUCUAAGAACUUUGAGAAAAGUGCCACCAAACCUGGGAAAAAGGGUGUGAAGCAGUUCAGGAAUAAGCACCAAGGGGAUAAAGUACCAAAGAACAAAUUCCAGGCGGCCAAUAAAUUCAACAAGAAGAGAAAGUUCCAGCCGGACAGUAAAAGCGAUGAAUCAGCCGCCAAGAAACCCAAAUGGGAUGAUUUCAAAAAAAAGAAGAAAGAGCUGAAGCAGAGCAGGCAACUCAGCGACAAAACCAACUAUGACAUUGUUGUCCGGGCAAAGCAGAUUUGGGAGCUGUUAAGAAGAAAAGACUGUGACAAGGAAAAAAGAGUGAAGUUGAUGAGCGACUUGCAGAAGUUGAUUCAGGGGAAAAUUAAAACCAUUGCCUUUGCACACGACUCCACGCGUGUGAUCCAGUGCUACAUUCAGUACGGAAAUGCAGAGCAGAGAAGAGAGGCUUUCGAAGAACUGCGAGAUAAUUUGGUUGAAUUGAGUAAAGCCAAGUAUUCUAGAAACGUCGUUAAGAAGUUUCUCAUGUACGGGAGCAAACCACAGAUUGCAGAGAUCAUCCGCAGCUUCAAAGGCCACGUGAGGAAGAUGCUGCGGCACGCCGAAGCCUCGGCCAUCGUGGAGUACGCCUACAACGACAAAGCCAUCCUGGAGCAGAGGAACCUGCUGACGGAGGAGCUGUACGGGAACACGUUUCAGCUCUACAAGGCAGCAGAUCACCCAACCCUGGACAAAGUAUUAGAAGCACAGCCAGCCAAACUGGAGCUUAUUAUGGACGAAAUGAAGCAGAUUCUAACGCCAAUGGCCCAAAAGGAAGCGGUUAUUAAGCACUCUUUGGUACAUAAAGUGUUCUUGGAUUUUUUUACCUACGCACCCCCAAAACUAAGAUCGGAAAUGAUUGAAGCCAUCCGAGAAGCGGUGGUGUACCUGGCGCACACCCACGAUGGGGCCAGAGUGGCCAUGCACUGCCUGUGGCACGGCACCCCCAAGGAUAGGAAAGUGAUUGUGAAAACUAUGAAAACGUACGUUCAAAAAGUGGCUAAUGGCCAAUACUCCCACCUGGUUUUACUGGCAGCGUUUGACUGUAUUGAUGAUACUAAGCUGGUGAAGCAGAUAAUCAUAUCAGAAAUUAUCAGCUCCUUGCCCAACAUAGUAAAUGACAAGUAUGGAAGGAAGGUGCUGUUAUAUUUACUGAGCCCCAGAGAUCCCGCACACACGGUGAGAGAAAUCAUCGAAGUUCUGCAGAAAGGAGACGGAAACGCACACAGUAAGAAGGAUACAGAGACCCGCCGGCGCGAGCUUUUAGAGGCCAUCUCCCCAGCUUUGUUAAGCUACCUGCGAGGACACGCCCGAGAGAUGGUGCUGGAUAAGUCUGCAUGUGUGUUGGUGACCAACAUUCUGGGAUCCGCCCUCGGAGACGUCCAGCCUGGCACGAGCGCCAUCGCCAGCUUGGCCGCAGAGGAGCUGCACCCUGGCGGCCGGGACGGAGAGCUUCACGUUGCAGAGCAUCCUGCAGGACACCUGGUUCUGAAGUGGCUGAUAGAGCAAGACGGGAAGAUGAAGGAGAGAUCAAGAGAAGGUUGUUUUGCAAAGACACUGGUGGAGCACGUUGGGAUGAAGAACCUAAAGUCCUGGGCUAGCGUGAACCGGGGUGCCAUUGUCCUCUCCAGCCUUCUCCAGAGUUCUGAUCAAGAAGUUGCAAGCAAAGUUAAAGCUGGACUGAAGAGCCUGCUUCCCACGUUGGAAAAGACCAAACACACCAGCAAAGGAAUCGAAGCACUGCUGGAAAAACUGGGGGCCUAGGCGGGACAGUUCCGACCGAGACAGCCGUCCCCCUAUCCUGUUUCACUUGCCCAGGGAGGGAAAGAAGACUCGGGGUCCACCUGGCUGGUAAUUCGGGUGCUCUGUACAUGUUUCUUCUUUGUAUGAGAAUCUAUUCAUAAAGUGGUUUCUAAAA